GGCCGCUAGUUCCCUCCGCAGCAGCUGCCAUCCCGUCGUUGCUUUUGGGACAAAUGGCAACUGGACGCAGCCAUCGUCCUCCUCCACGCCGCAUCCACCGACCCCCGUCGGCGUCGCUUAUCCCCAUCAGCCUUGGAGCGCGAAGCGGGGGAAGCUCGUCUCCAUCCCCGACCUGACGUUCCGCGACCGCCAGCCCUGUCCCUCUGCCAUCCUGCCAUGCGCGCGCCCUGAUGACCGCUCUCAAGCGCUCCCUCGAUGAGUCCUCUCAGGACGGCGACGGCGCCUCUCCGCAGGAUGCCGCCCCGGUAAAGCCCGCAUCGCCCACCGCCUCGGCCGCAUCCAGCUCCUCGGCCUCGUCCUUCCGCAACGUUUCCGCCUGCAAUAGGUGCCGCCUGAGGAAGAACCGCUGCGAUCAGCGCCUGCCGUCGUGCGCUUCGUGUGAUAAAGCCAAUGUCAAAUGCGUCGGUUAUGACCCCAUUACCAAGCGCGAAAUCCCCCGAAGUUAUGUUUACUACCUCGAAACCCGAGUGGCCUACCUUGAGUCACUGCUCCAGGAGAACUCCAUCGCCUUCGCCCCGGCCGAAGACUUCAAUCCGAGUUUCCAGCCUGGCGGUUCCGCGAACAGGCCAGCCUCUGCCGCGGGCGGGACUGCGCAGCAGCGCAAUGGCUCUGCGAAGCCUCCGACCUCCAAAGAGGAGAGCGAGAAAUAUGAUCGUGAGAAGCUUACAAAGCUGGUGUCAAAUAUUGGCAUGGUCUCCGUCCAGGGAGCCAGUGACCCUCGCUUCCUUGGAUCCACAUCAGGGAUAUCAUUUGCAAGAGUAGUAUUCGCGGCAGUCAAGAGCUCCGUCUCCGGGUCCUCGUCCGAGAGGGGGAGCGUGCGCGGAUCCAAGUCUUUGACCGGCAAUGUCACGGAUGGCGGUACCAGCAUGCGCGAUAGCUUCUUCGGUCUGCAUACGAAGCCUACUUUUCGUCAAGCGCCGUUUCCCGAUCGAGAGCUCGGCGGACGGCUUGUAGAACUGUACUUUGAGCAUGCCAACCCCCAGAUCCCUAUUUUGCACCGCGGCGAGUUUAUGGAGAUGUUCGAGCGCGUGUACACAUCGGGAGAGCGACACAGGACCUCACGAGAGUCAUACAUGCUCAAUAUAGUGUUUGCUAUCGGAGCGGGAAUCAUCAUGGGAAGCUCGGACUCCGGCGAUUCGCCGACUUCGGACCAUCCUAAUACGUCUCCAAUGAAGUCCAGACCGUCUCCGCCGUCAAGUAAGAAGCGGCGCCUCGCAGGUCAGCAGCACCAGCCCGAGGAGUAUCACGCGUCCGCAAUUGUACACCUUGAAAAUUUUCUUGGAUCCACUCCCGCUGCAGACCGGCCCGACGGCUUCGGUGGCGGCCUUGAAGAGCUUCAGGCUGUGCUUUUGCUUGCAGGUUUCGCCCUCCUGAGGCCCGUUGCGCCGGGACUCUGGUACAUCGUAGGAGUAGCCGUCCGCUUGGGAGUGGAUCUCGGGUUGCACUACGAGGACGGCGUAGGAAUAGAUGGCUCGGGAUCGGAGGACCAGAAUGCCGGGAAAGUGGAACAGGAUGAAAAACAGAACAGUUCAACAGCCACCAACAGCGGGAAGAUCGAUGCAAAAGAAAGGGGUAGGCGGCAGUGGGUUCGUGACCUGCGUCGACGCUUAUGGUGGUGCGUCUAUUCGUUGGAUAGACUCGUAAGCACUUGCGUCGGACGCCCAUUUGGCAUCACAGACCAGGUCGUGACGACCGAGUUCCCGUCGAUGCUCGACGAUAGGUUUAUCACGAAAGAGGGGUUCCUUGACCCGCCAGAACACCAGCGAAGGCCCAGCUACAAGGUUGUAGCACAUCACUAUUUUCGGCUUAGGCUUCUACAAUCAGAGAUCCUCCAAGUCUUGCAGCACCGCCAGGCACAGCAAGCAAGGGCCAGUGGCGCUAAUUCGGGUAACGACUACAUGCAUACGAAGCUACCCUCGCCCUUUCUGGCCAACUUUGAUUCCUUCCGGGCAUGGCGGGUCGAUAUUGACAGACGCCUGCUCGAUUGGAAGGAUUCGGCGCCAACACAGUUGCACGCCGGCGUUCAGUUUUCGCCGCUGUUCUUGGAGCUCAACUACUGGCAGGCGAUCAUCAUGCUGUACAGGCAGAGCUUGGUCGUACCGUCUGGGCUAGCGAGCGAGCUUGGGAAUACCGAUAGCAGUGUCGAAAGUCCUUCGGUCGUUAAUGCUGAAGAGAGGGAAGACGAGGAGCUUGUCUUCCUGAAGGUCGCCGAAGCUGGCCAGAAAGUUUUGAAACUGUACAGACAGCUGCAUCGCGUGCACCUGGUCAACUACACGUUCCUGGCUACACAUCACCUGUUCAUGGCUGGCAUAUCGUUUCUAUACGCUGUGUGGCACUCCCCUGCCGUACGUAGUUUGCUGACGCUAGACGACGUCGACUUUACCGUGCUAGCCGCGACAUCCGUCUUGGGCGACCUGAUCGAAAAAUGUCCACCGGCAGAAGCAUGCCGUGACGCGUUCGAUCGGAUGAGCAAAGCGACUAUCCAAAUGUGCAUGUCGACGACAGGGUUCGGGCCUCAGGUUCUCCGUGCGAUUUCACACACUCAGGCUCCGGCGCGAUCAUCCCACUCUCCCAGUACGUCGUACACCUCCGACGCAGAUGCGAGGUCGGACACGGACAUGCCAGGGUACGUUUCCCAGGCAGGCUACUUCCAGCAGUCUCGGCGCCCGGCCCCCCGCUUCGACAUGAACCUUAAAGAUCUUUUCUCCGACGAUGAGACCGACAAACGGUCUUUCAGUCGCAUAUCGAAUCAGAUUAACAGCAUGCGACCUCCGCCACCACCGCAACCAAUCAAGCAAGAACCGCAGCAGAUGCAAUCGUUCACAACCGAUCUGAAAAUCUCUCCACAGAUGCGCAGUCAUCAGCAAAGUUUCAACUUUGACCCUAAUCUCAGGCCGCCGCAAACCAUACCGUCACCCCAGCAGCAAGGAUAUCCCGCAUCCACAACAUCAGCCCUGUCUCCACCAAUCUCCCAAGCCCCGAUACCCUCCCCCUACCAAAUCUCCAACCAGCUACCCUACAACGCUUUCGCGCAAAACAUCGCAUCUAGUUAUCCGGAACUGGGUUUCUCAGACCUCGACUUCCUAGAUUCUUUCCCCGUGCAAGGCGCCGUGGGUGGCAACGGUGAUGCAGGUGGCGGCCUCCAAGACCUGGGGUUCGGCAUGGGGUUCGGUGACGGCACGCAUGAUUGGAGUGACGGAAAUGGAUUGGAUCUGUUUGAUGGGUUUUUCUUCGGGCCUGGGGGCACGGGUGGGAUGUAGACGACGUUGGUGGGGGGAAAAGUAUGGGGUUGCGCUCUCUGUCUUUACUGCUGGCGGGUUUCGGCGGUCUCCGACGGCAAUUCGGACCGCGCGCUGUAGAUCUCCUUGGGUACGGCCAAGUUUCUCUUGUAAGAUAGAUAGGGAAUCACGAUAAUGAGGAAUUGGGAUGACACGAGUGCAUAGAGCGGGCGGGGCAUCGGGGCAUUCGGCUGGUGUGCGAUGUGUUAGGGUCGGACAUAGGAGUCAAGUAGCGCAGCGUAGCGUACCAUAUUUGGCAGCUCAAGGGACUAAGAUAAGCCCUGGAGACGCGUCCGACUUGCCCCCAGGGAGGAAUCUAGAUGGGCUUCUCAACUACCGACUAGUCCG